UAAGGCUCUAGGUUUAUGGCCAUUCUAUCCAACACUCUUAUCACUUAGAGCGAGUUGCCCACUUGCGGUCCAUGGAUGUCAUCUUGGCACACUGUUGCAUCUCUUAACUUGGAGCUUAUGGCAUACCAAGAUAAGUGGUGGGUAAGUUCAGGUCUGCAUCCAAAAAUUGAUGGUGGUGUCCACUGGGUAAUUGCUAUCUCUCACCAACACAGAUACCGGGUAAAUUAUGGAAACUUCAUGCAUGGACUGAUGAAGGAGAAUGUCCAGCUGAAUAGGAAAGUCUUGUUCGAAUUGUCGAUGCACGAACCAUACAGCUUCAAGGCCCUGGUGGAUAUCUCCCGCAGCGCUUUCCCAGGAAAUAAGACGGCAAUAGUACCUCCUAAGAAGGAAGGUCUUGCUAUUGUUCUUUGACUUGCAUUUCCUAUUCUCUUCUUUUUUUGUGGUUUUUUGUCAGUCAAGUAUUUAUCAAAAUCUUUAGGAAGUAGGUUAUGGGAAUAAAUUUUAUCAACACUUAUGUUAGCAAAACAUACUCUUGAAAUUUUGUGUUUUUCUCAAAAAAUAAUAGAAUGGAAAUGUUUGUAGCAGACAGUUUAUAUCUGUGGGAAAAAACUGAGAAUUAUCAACUGCAUCUUUAGCUUGAAGCUGCUUUAACA